CCCGGGCUCCUCCAGACGCGAGCCGUCCUGCCGAUCGGCGCCUCGGGUUCCGCGAGCGGGACCCUUGCCUCGCCUCUUGAGCCUCACACAUCACAUGGCAGCCGGCGUGAGGGAGGUUGCUGCCCUGGCCUCGCAGAUGCGUACACUGAGGCCCAGUGGAGUUAGAUGCCCAGAGUCACCUGUCAGAGGGACAGGGAUUCGGGUCUGCACGCCGGGCUCCCCGCACACACCCGAGCAGCUGUUGCCGGCCCAGCCUGGCCUCUCCGGGCGGGUGUCCGAGAGCUGGGAGGAGGCAUGCUUGCUCAUGAUAUAAGGUGCCCCCUCCUCAGGGACCAGCAGGCGGGUGAGGGGAGGGUGCACAGGGGGCCCCGCCGCGGAGCCAUGCCCACCGCACGCUAGACACCCGCCAAGUCUUACUCUCCGUGGCGCCCGUUCCCCCAAAGUCUCCCAGAGGCGUGGAGAACGCUUGCCACUUGUUGAUUAGGGAGUUGUCACAUCUGAACCCGGAGGAGCUGGGGUAGAACCAAGAUGUGCAAAUCCUGACCUCCCAGACUCCUAAUCUCUCACCAAAGGAGCCAGCCCUCUGCCCCCCAGCCCUCCACUAGCUCCCGCAUCCUCCGACUUAGUAGCAGACGCCUCAUCUCUGCGGGAAGGCUCAGGAGCCCGCUGUGGUGGCUGCAAGGAGCAGCGGGAAGGCUCCCUGGCCUGCUCCCUCAGCAGGACAGCAGGGAGGAGCUUUGCGGCAGCUCCUCCCUGGAGCUCCCAUCCAGACGACCAGCACCCUUUAUGAGCGGGGCUUUGAGAAAAUCAUGAAGAAGCAGAAUAAGGAGCAGGUUCCACCCCCCGCUGUGGAGCCUAAGAAACCCUCCAACAAAAAGCAGACUAAGAAGGUGGCGACCCUCACCAACCAGAACCAGAAGCAGGGCCGCUUCCGCAGCCUGGAGGAGGCACUGAGAGCUCUGGACGUGGCAGCUCUGCAGAAGGAACUGGACAAGAGCCAGAGCGUGUUCUCUGGGAACCCGUCCGUGUGGCUGAAGGACCUGGCCAGCUAUCUCAACUACAAGCUCCAAGCCCCUCUCAGUGAGCCCACGCUAAGCCAGCACACUCACGAUUACCCCUAUAGCCUGGUGAGCCGCGAGCUGCGUGGGAUCAUCCGAGGGCUGCUGGCAAAGGCGGCGGGGUCCCUGGAACUCUUUUUUGACCACUGUCUGUUCACCAUGCUGCAAGAGCUGGACAAGACACCAGGGGAGUCGCUCCAUGGCUACCGUAUCUGUAUCCAGGCCAUUCUGCAAGACAAGCCCAAGAUCGCCACCACGAACCUGGGCAAGUUCUUGGAACUGCUGAGGUCCCACCAGAAUCGACCAGCAAAGUGUCUAACCAUCAUGUGGGCCCUGGGCCAAGCAGGUUUUGCCAACCUCACCGAGGGACUGAAAGUCUGGCUGGGGAUCAUGCUGCCUGUACUGGGCAUUAAAUCCUUGUCCCCCUUCGCCAUCGCAUACCUGGAUAGGCUGCUCCUGAUGCACCCCAACCUCACCAAAGGCUUUGGAAUGAUUGGCCCCAAGGACCUCUUCCCACUUUUGGACUUUGCCUAUAUGCCCAACAACUCCCUGACACCCAGCCUGCAGGAGCAGCUGUGUCAGCUCUACCCCCGAUUGAAGGUGCUGGCAUUUGGGGCCAAGCCGGAAGCCACCCUGCAUACCUACUUCCCCUCCUUCCUGUCCAGAGCCACCCCUGACUGCCCUCCUAAGAUGAGGAAAGAGCUCCUGAGCAGCCUGACUGAAUGCCUGACGGUGGACCCCCUCAGUGCCAGUGUCUGGAGGCAGCUAUACCCCAAGCACCUGUCACAAUCCAGCCUGCUGCUGGAGCAUUUGCUCAGGUCCUGGGAGCGGAUUCCCAAGAAGGCACAGAAGUCUUUGCAAGAAACCAUUGAAUCCUUCAAGCUUACCAACCAGGAGCUGCUAAGGAAAGGCAGCUGCAAUAACCAGGAUGUCGUCACCUGUGACAAAGCCUGCAAGGGGCUGCUGCAGCAGGCUCGGGGGUUCCGGCUGCCCUGGACACGGCUACUCCUGUUGGUGCUGAUCUUUGCCAUAGGUGUCCUGUGCCACGACUUCCGGUCACACAGCUCCUUCCAGGACUCCUUUUCUGGCCGGUUGCUUCAAUCAUCUGGUUUCUUGCCUGCUGGCCAAAAAGCAUGUGCCAAGAUCUACUCCUACAGCCUGCAAGGCUACAGCUGGCUAGAGGACACGCUGCCGGCCUGGGGCUCUCACCUGCUGACUGUGGUGAGGCCCAGCGUGCAGCUCGCCUGGACCCACGUCAAUGCCACAGUCAGCUUCCUUUCUGCCCACGGUGCCUCCCACCUUGUCUGUUUCGGUGACAGCCUCGCCAGCCUCUCCCAGAGGCUCCCUGAUGUCCUGAUCCAGCUGCUCCAUUCUCUGAGGGAGCUGCUCCUGCUGCUAUACCACAGCGUGCUGUUGCCAGUGUGGCACCUGCUGCUUGAGGCCCUGGCCCAGGCCCAGCAGCACUGCCACCAGGUGUGCAGAGGUCCGGUGACCUGGGACUGCGUGAAGACACAGCUCAGUGAGGCUGCCCACUGGACCUGGCUCUGCCUACAGGACACCACAGUGGCUUUCUUGGACUGGGCGCUCGCCAUGAUAUCCCAGCAAUAGGCCCUGCCUCCUUGGCCACUAGUCUCUGUCUGAGACGGGCCACCUGAGACUGCUGGAGGCAGUUCUGCAUGGGGUCUUUUUUACUUGGUGCCUGAGUUCUGUACUCUAGGCCAGUUGUCUCUUCCCCAGUUUUUGGUGAUGACUGAGCCCAGGGGUAUCUCAGCCUCCUCCACGAUUCCACUGAACACUUCUCUGGCCCUAUCGCACAUAGCUCCCAGCAUCUGCCCUGGGCUGGUAGCCUCUCUAGCCUCCUCUCUCAUCUCCUGCCUUCCAUCUCACUCCCGAAGCCCCAAACACCUCAUCCCCAAAGGUGGGUCUCCAGUGAGUGGCUUCUGCAUUCUUCGAUGAAUGAUUUCUGCUCCCGCACUUCAACCACAGCAGGAAAAGGAAAGGGACUUCCAGGAGACUAUGGCACCACAGUGGGGAGAGCAGCUUCACUUCUACCCACAGCCUGCACCUCAAAAUGCCCAGCGUAGGUCCUUCCAGGCCCCUCUCUGCCCCCUCCAUCGCGAUCCGUUCUCCUCACCACUCCCCUUCCGUGCUGGGGGUGUGGAGGGCCUCCGCCUCCAAGUCCAGCUUCUCGCUGUCGCCUGCCCCUCCAUCUGUCGGGGGAGCAGAGUCCAGUUAGUUGUGUGCCUCGGCACGGGGAACCUUCCAGCAGCCGGUUGAGACAGGCUUCAGUAUAUGGCUCCUGGAUAUGCCUACAGGUGGAAUAAAGGACACAGCUUUGAUUUCUA